AUUCCUUUUGUAGAGUUUCAUUCUUAAAUUCCACUGGAUAGUGCUUUGAACCAAUACAAGAUUCAAGAUGGAUGACAGUUGACCAUAAAAAGAAACAUCGGAAGAUGCAGGCAGUCCGUUUAUGUUUGGAAAAAUAGAGCCGGUCUCCUAGCGAAGAACAAAAACUUUCAAAAGGAAGGAUAUCGCGCUAUUCUCCCCAAUGCUUUACGUGAAAAACUAUGUCAAGUACGCAUACAUCAAACCUCAUUGUAUCAAUCUUCGUAUGUUCAGAUGUUUCGGAAGCAGACUAAUUACUCUCGAAGAGUCACGAAUCAAAGAUAUCAACGACGAAAGAAGAAAUCGAAAGCUUCGGAAUCUUCGUCGUCUGAUGCUUUAAGUGGAAGUGAUGAGUAUGGCGAUUUUCAACGGACCGAUGAGGUCGAUCAAAAUUUCGUCGUCGCACCGAAAGCAACAACAACAACAUACACCACGUACCUCAACACCACUACAUUAACGCAAUACAACCUCAAAACUCAGAAAAAAUAAACAGUUGUUUUUAAAUUUUUUUGUCUUAAGAAGCCAAAAUUCUUUCAACUUACUUGUUUCCAUUGUAUAUUUUUUGGGCGUUUCAUUUAUGUACAGCUAAAUUAUUUUUGAUUUAAAAAAAUUAGAUGCAGAGUGAAGUAUUAUUGCGUAUCGUUAAUACAUGACGGAAAUAAAAACAAAAAAUAUUGCUGGAACUAAGAUUCGAACCGCUGGCGUUGGAUCAGACAACAAGAUGAAACCAACAAUUAACCGAAAAAAACGAACGGUUAAGCGGUUAACCGGACGGUUAAUGCCGGUUUAGCGGUUAAUUGGACGGUAAACCUCACAAUUAAUUGGAUGGUUAACUGCGGUUAAUUGGCGGUUUUUUACCGGUUUGAUCAACAUGGGGUAUCUCUUGUUUUCCGUAUUGAUAUUCUUCACCUUAAAAAAUGACUCCAACAUAUCUGAAACUAUAUUCGAAUCUAAAAUUGCUAAAACUCACGCAUUUCUGGAACAAACUCAUCGAAAAAGAGGAAAAAUGACUGGAAAAGAGGACAAAGAGGAUCAUCCACAACCCAGCACUCGAUGUUUAAAUUAAAUUUUAACCUUUUAGGUGAGAAAGAUGUAGCUAAACAAAUGCCAUAUGGUAACUCAAAAUCACGAUCAACGGCUCAUGUUUAUCGUCGUGCUGUACCAUCUACCGUGGAAAAAAUAAAAGAAGCAGUUAAAUCGAAAACGCCUACAACCGUUUAUAAGUCAAUGGUAACAUCAGCGGAUAGUGAUAUGCCAAGAAACUUGAAUCAAGUGCAUUACCAACGACAACAACAUGUUCAAAAUCAAAGAAUGUCCAAUGAUGAAAUAUUAAAUACAAUUUUGCUAUCUUACCAGAUUAAUGACUAUGUAAGACAAUGUUCUUUCCCAGAAUUGGCAGUUGUAAUGAUACAUGCAGAAGGACAAGAAAUAUUCGAUCUAUUACUAAAUCGAACACCAACAACCACUACAAUUUCGUUAUACUAUGAUACCACAUUUAAAAUUGGACAGUAUUAUUUAUCAGACGUUAAAAAGUGGCUUCGUGGGGAAUUCAAAAAAACAUAUAAACAAAAUGACGAUAACGACGAGAAUGUUGAAAUUGAAGACUAUGGAACAACUUAUGAAAUAGCAAAAGAACAAUGGUCGUCAUCAUUCAUGAGAUAUUUCGAAAAAUAUCAUAUGCCAACAAUUGGUGAAAUCGGCGUCUGUUACAGUAAAGAAUACGGAGUGUGGAAUGAAAUAUCAAAUUCAGGGCCAACUUUCAAUCCAGCUGAAAGCAUGAAUGCAGUAAUCAAACGUUGGACACAAUGGAAGGAAUUGUCAAUUGAUCGUUUUGUAACAAUGUCGUACCCGUUAAUGGGUUAUUAUGUAAACGAAAUACGGCGUGGUUACUGUGGUCGAGGCAGUCAUGAUCUACGUGUAGCUGAAUAUGCUGCAGAAUUGUAUUUGCAAGGAUGGGCACCAUUGCUGAUUUUCUCAGGUGGGACUGGUGUUCUUACAAAAGACUGGCAGGAAUCGGAAGCCGAUCGAUUCGCUCAGAUUGCUCGAGAUAAAGGUGUUCCAUCAUCAGCGAUAUUGAUUGAAAACAAAUCAACAAAUACGGGUGAAAAUAUUCUAUUUACGCAAGAAUUACUUAUUAAGUACAAAUUAAGUCCACAAACAUUUAUUGUUGUACAAAAACCAUAUAUGGAACGACGAAGUUAUGCAACAUUUAAACGACACUGGCCAGACAGAAAUAUUAUCGUUACGUCACCCAAAUUAUCAUUAGAAGAAUAUCCUUGUAAUGAAAUAUCAAUGGAAAACAUGAUUAAUUUUAUGGUUGGCGAUUUACAACGGAUUAAAAUCUAUCCAGAGAAAGGUUUUCAAAUCUACCAAGAAAUUCCUGUUAAUGUUUGGAAUGCAUGCAAACGACUAAUUGAAUUAGGAUUUAACAAACAUUUGAUUGUUAAUUAG